AUGCCUCUUCAACUCGAUCCCGAAUUUGCCGAAGUCGCGGGUCCUCUGCUGCAGCAACUAGCAAAGAUCAAAAAACCGGCUCCCCAUGAUAUUGCUGCCAGACGGCACUGGUCGGUAGCUGUUGCAAAAGGAUUCCAAAAGAAUCCUUUGCCAGAUGGCCUGGAGUACCUUGUAUAUCAUGUCCCUACCCCUACGGGCGAUCAUCAAAUCGCCAUCCACCACUAUCGCAAGACACCAGCUCGUUCAGAGGCAGGCCAGGACCACAAAGACUCGGCUGUCAUCCAUCUCCAUGGCGGAGGCUUCUUUUCAUUAUCACCCGUACAUUUCGAAAAGUUACUGGUUUGGUACGUUUCCGACUCCGGGGUCCAGAUGCUGAGUGUCGACUAUCGACUAGCCCCGGAACACCCCUAUCCGAUUCCCAUAGAAGACAGCUGGACCGCUCUGCAGUGGGUAUAUGCCAAUGCGGAGACGCUUUUUAUUGAUACCAGCCGCAUCGGGAUCAUGGGUGAGAGUGCUGGUGGAGGACUAGCGGCUGGUCUCGCUUUAAUAGCCCGGGACCGAGGCCUCUCCCCCCCCUUGGCUAAGCAGAUUCUUGUGUAUCCUAUGCUUGACGAUCGGCUGGCCAAGCAUCAUGGAGAUGAACUGGCCUUCGCGUUCUGGACAUUCGAUGAUAAUAUUACCGGUUGGACUGCUUACUUGGGGGAGGAUGUGCAGACGGACCGUGUAUCGCAGUAUGCGGCGCCGGCGAGAGCGGAAUCUGUAGAAGGUUUGCCGCCUACGUAUAUAGAUUGUGGACAGUUGGAUAUCUUUGUACAGGAGGAUAUGGAGUACGCGCUCCGGUUUGUGAAGGCGGGAAUUCCGCUGGAGUUUCAUGUGUAUCCUGGCGUACCGCAUGGACAUGAAGCUCUCUCGGAGAGUGUUGCCAACAAAGUUGCUAUUGUCACCGGCGCUGCCCGUGGCAUCGGAUUCGCAGCGGCCAGUCUUCUAGCUCACCAUGGUGCUCGCGUAGUCCUUGUUGAUUUGCAAGAGGACGCUCUAAAGAGCGCAGUCGAAACCAUCGGCACGCAAGCCAUAUACAAGAGCUGCGAUGUCAGCGACUGGGCUCAACAGACAGCCUUAUUCCAAUGGGUCGUAGACACCACGGGGCCCAUCGACCUCGUCGUGUGCAACGCAGCCAUUAACCCGGAAAUUGCACUUCUCCAAACCCAAGACCCCGAACGAAAAGCUCAGCUGAAUUGCCAGACGAGCCAUAACUAUCUAGCAGACGAAACAAAAGACGGAGAGCUCCAACAGCCCUCCACACAGCUUUUUGACGUCAACAUCAAUUCAGUCGUAUUUGGUCUAAAAUUAGCCAUCCACCACAUGAAGCAGGGAUCGGGCGGACGCAUCGUCGUCGUCGGCUCCGCCGGUUCAUACAUCCCUGUGCCUUCGCAGCCGCUCUAUACCGCCAGCAAACACGCGGUCCUGGGCCUCGUCCGCAGCACCGCUCUAAUCGAGGAGGUUAUCCGAGCCAAUAUCGUCAUUUCUUGGAUCGCGCCUUGGCUGACGCUGACUUCCAUGGUGAAAGGCUUGGAAGCCACGACCCAGCCGCAUACGCUUAAGAGUUCGCCGGAGGAUGUUGCGUGGGCCAUUGCAGCGGCAGUGGCGUCUCCAGGUAGCUGGGCCAACGCCAAGGGAUUUUGGGUGCAGGGUCAGACGAUCACUGAGGUCGAGGAUGCGUACUGGGAGGUCGGCAAGCGCUUGAUUCGAGCUGAGAAUCGGUUUUAA